AUGGGAACCGAGAGCCUGUUAGGGGGCUCAAGCUCGGUCCCUCUCUUGCGUAGCCAUUUAAAGGCGUACCAAACUGGUGCAGAGAACGAGGCAGCUCCCCAUCGAGCGGCUGCAUUUCUAGCGGAUCAGCGAGAUGCCGAGUUGAAUACGCCGUCGGAUGGCGGGCGUACGGCAGCAUCAGGUGCUUCGGCGGUGCCAGAGCCAGCCACUCUGUCACUACCUAUAGGGCAACAGGAUCCCACAGCGACUCAGCCAGAUUCGGGCACAUCGGGUGCAUCGAGAAAUGGUGGCGAUGGCCAGCCGACGGAAGCUGAGAAAGCGCAAUGGGCGCAAUUUCAGCAGGACGAAGCCAUGGGGCAGCGGAUCCGAACAGAGACCGAGGAUGGUGUUAGUUUUAAGGUUAUUGCUAGUGUAGGCAAUCUGCAGCAGAGCCACCAGAAAAAUGGCAAUGGCCAGAAGGCAGAUUGUGGUAGUGAUGACCAUGGAGGCAAAGGCAACAAAGGUGGCGGUGGUCAGCAACAGCCUAAGCAGCAGCAGUUGCAGGCGCAGCUCAAUUUUCUUAUUGGUAGGGCACGCAAGAUACGUACGAAAGACAGGAACGAGGACUGUAGCGGAAAUCGGCGUUCUUAUGAGAAUUACCACACGAGAGACAAGAAUAAGGUUACUCCAAGCCCUGGAAGCGUCGCAAUCGGCGUUCGGAAUUGGACGAUGCUGAAUCAGGUCGAGAACGAUCGCAUUCGCGGUCUGGUAAGGACAGACAUCACCGCAAGCGGUCGCACGAUAGUUCAUCGCGCUCACAUAGCCGUGAGUGUGGGCGUGAUAAGCGCAGAGGACGGCGUAAAAGAGGUCGUAAGCACUCCCGGUCGUCGGAAUCAGAGGCUGAGCUCUACCAUACGGUUUGUUACGAGACUUAUCAUGCAGCGGAAAACUUCCCGCGUUAUGGCGGGUCAGCAGGCGCAGCUUCGAAGAAGAAAUUGCGUCGUAAGUGAAAUGGUGCGGUGGUUCCUGCUAUAG